UGGCCAGUUAAAAAAUUUGUUUGAUAAUAAUAAACAAAAUGAUAAAAUAUAACAAUUAAUAGCAAUUUAUAUAAAAAUUGCUACGUAUAAAUAGUUGACUUUUAAAAUAAUGUCAUUGAAAAAUAAUAAAUAUAUAAAGGGAUUGUAAUUAUUUUUAAAUUUUUUAUCAGUCUAAAAAUCUAUUCCACGUCUAUUUUAACACGUCACAGUAGUUGCAAUUUUUUUAAAAAUUAAAGAGCAAUGACAAGUUAAUGUUUGUGAUAAUGUUAAUUGUUAAUUAAUUUUUUUUUAUUGCAUUUUAUAUACUGAAGUAUGUAACAGAUAAGACACCCAGUGCCAAAUAUUAAUAAUGAUUAUUUGUCAAUAAUAAAAUUGUUAUGGCAUUUUGGAACGGAAGACCUAAUUGGUUAGGCAAAUUAGGCCUUAUAUUAUUAGCAAUAUGGCUAAUAAUAUUAAUAAUAUCUGUAUCACAUGUAUUACGGAAUAAUUCAUCACGAGAAAAUGAUGAUACAAUUUCAAAGGAUAAAGAAAAUUAUGACAAAUUAUCCUCAAUGGUUGAGGAAUUUGAAAUUUUAAAAAAACAAAAUGAAGCAUUUGCCAAUAUUAUUAUGAGUAAUAAUUUUAAAAGUGAUAAUAUUAAUGAUAAUUUAAAAAAUAUAAAUAAUGUAAAUAUAAAUAGUGAUAAUAGUCCUUUUUUGGAGUACGAAGAACUGAGACGUAGAAUUAAAAAUGAUGUACAAGAAAUGUGGUAUUAUGCGGAUGCUGAGUUUAAAAAAGUUAAAAAAUAUACCCAAGAUUUUCCGCUUGAUAAACGCGAGAAGGAUAUUGAUGACGCGAUUAAAAACAUAUGGGAGCAUAAAAAAGCUCUGAUUAAUGAACUGGAAAAUUUAAAACAAGUUGACGGUCAUCAGCAGUGGAGAGAAAAAGAGUCACGAGAUUUGUCGAAUUUAGUACAAAAACGUUUUUGGCAUCUACAGAAUCCGAGUGAUUGUAAUAGCGCUAAAAAAUUAACAUGUAAUUUAAAUAAAGGAUGCGGAUUUGGUUGCCAGAUCCAUCAUCUGACCUACUGUUUCCUGGUAGCCUACGGUACAGAACGAACAUUAAUCCUAAAAUCAAAAGGUUGGCGUUAUCAAAAAGACGGCUGGGAAUCAGUAUUCAAACCCUUGAGCGAAACCUGUCUGUCACCAAGCGGAUUGUCGCACGCGAACUGGCCCGGCGAUCCUUCAAAGCAAGUAGUAUCCCUACCGAUUGUCGACAAUGUCUAUCCCAAGCCAAACUACCAGCCUCCCAGCGUGCCCAUGGAUCUAGCCCCGCGUAUCCAACGUCUCCACGGCCACCCUUUGGUCUGGUGGGUCGGACAAGUAUUGAAAUUCCUAAUGCGUCCUAAAGACAGCAUGCAGAAAAUAAUCGACAGCACGAAAGAAAAAAUCGGAUUUGCGAAGCCGAUCGUCGGAGUCCACGUCCGCCGGACUGAUAAAGUCGGUACUGAAGCAGCCUAUCACGACAUCGAUGAAUAUAUGGUUAAAGUUGAUCAGUAUUACGAUCAAUUGGAAGUUGAACCACCAGUGAGACGAGUAUUUAUUGCGAGCGAUGAUCCAAAAGUGAUAACAGCUGCGCGUAAACGUUACACCCGUUAUGAAGUUAUCGGAGAUCCAGCAAUUGCUGAAACUGCGUCCGUAUCAAAACGUUAUUCCGACACUUCACUUCAUGGUAUCAUCGUCGAUAUUUAUUUACUGUCCCUAUCGGAUCAUUUAGUCUGUACAUUCAGCUCACAAGUCUGUCGUGUUGCUUAUGAAAUAAUGCAAACAUAUCACGUUGACGCGCAUGAUAAAUUUACGUCCCUGGAUGACGUUUAUUACUACGGCGGGCAAAAUCCAAAUCCGCAUGUUGUUAUUCUUGAACAUAUACCCCGUCGUUCCGAGGAAAUUGAACUAAAAGUUGGUGAUAAAAUUGAAGUACAUGGUAACCAUUGGGACGGUUAUUCUAAAGGUAGAAAUAUACGCACGGGUAUCACGGGAUUAUUUCCGAGUUUCAAAGUUCAAAAUCAUGUUGCUACUGCUGAAUUUCCCAAGUAUUCUGACGUUUCUCUUUAGAAUUUUUUAGUUGCCCGUGUGAAGAAAUUUUUGAAAAAAGGUUCAAAAAGUGCUGACUGUUCUAAGCUUCAAAAUGUGACACGACCAACUUUUUUUUGUUUUGUAAAAUUUUGAAAAUUAAAGAGAAAAAUAAAUAAAUAUCUCGAUAUACUAAAACAAAAAACCAGAAAAAGUUCAAAAUCAGUUUUUUUUUAACGUAUUGUGCACUGAAAAAAAUAAUGAAUCCUAGCACUUUUAAUGCAGUGUCAAAAAAAGUUUACAAAUGAGUCAAAAUCGUUAAUUUUUAGUAUUAAGUCAAUUUUUUUUUUCUUUGUAUUUUUAAAAGUUUAAAAAUCAUUUGAAAAAAUUUUGUCUUUGUGUCACGUUUUGAAGUUUUGAAUAGUUAACAGUUUUUCAACCCUUUUUCAACGAUUUUUUUUUAUUAUAUAGAAUUUUUUAUGGAUUUCAUUUUGCAGUAGUAUUUAGUUAUAUAAUAAUUUCUGCUUUUAUACGAUUGCGUAGGUACUGAAAGGGUUUUUGAACAAUUAAUUUUAUAAUUUAUAGACGUCGCGCGUAAAUUUUAGUUAUUAUGAAUACUUAUGUAUAUUUAUUAAAUUAAUGAUUACAAAUUAAGUCUAUGACUAGACGAGAUUCUCUAUUGUCGCGGUUAAAUUUUAUUCAUUUAAAAUUGAGUCGCUAUUAAUUGAUCAAAAUUUUUUUUAAUCAAAUCGAUUAAUUCUUAGUUUAUUAAUUUUUUACCGAACCCGUAAUUUUUUAAGUUGAAAUCGUACGAUGCUGGUCGUAUGAGAUUUAAAAAUCUAAUCAACAGAGUUUUAAAUUCUAGUAUUUUUAUGAGUGUGAAUGUAGCAGACAUCAGAAAAUUUAUAAAUUUUAAAUAAAUGAAGUAAAUAAUUCAUAAAAUUAAAUUUAAAAAAAAAAAUGCGCAUUUAAAAAAUUUUGAAAGUAAUAAGUGCAUUUUUUAUAAAUAUUACUUUUUAAAUUAUUUACUCUAUUUCCCGUGAAAAAAAAAUUCAUUCAAAAAAGAUUCCAAAAAAGUUCUGCAUGUGGAACUUCUGAACAUGAGACAGAUUAGAACUUCGAAUAGAACUUUUUUGGAACGUUAGUAAUUUUGAUGCUAAAAAAAAAAGUUUUAUGAAUAAAUUUAGAGUCAAAAAAGGACGUUCUUGGAAAUUUUUUGGAAUUUUAUAUGGACAUUCCAAAAAAGUUCAUAAUCACCACUUUUGACCUUUUUCGGAAGCUAAAAAAAAACGUUCCAAAAACAUUCAAAAAUGGUCCAAAAAUCGUUACUUUACAACCUAUUAUAGAACUAAAAUAGACAUUCCAAAAACAUGCCAAAAUAGUUCAAAAAUCACUACUUUUGAAUUUUUUAUAGAACUAAAAAAACCUUCCAAAAAUUUUCCAAGAACGUUCUUUUUUCACUCUCAAUUUGCUCAUAAAAACUUUUUUUUUCCAUCAAAAUUACUAACGUUCCAAAAAAGUUCCAUUUGAAGUUCUAAUCUGUUUGAUUUUUAGAAGUUCCACAUGCGGAACUUUUUUGAAAUCUUUUCGGAACGAAUUUUUUUUUACACGGGUUAUUUAUAAUUUUGAAUUUAUCUGAUAUCUGCUACAUUCAUACUCAUGUAUUUUUUAAAACUCACGAAUAAGUUAAUCUAGAUAAUUUUUCUCUGAAUUAUUAAUUUAUUUAAUUAGGUAAUUAUGCUUUAUAUAAAAUGCUUUAAUUUUAAAUUGCAAUAAUAUUUCUUAUAAAUAUAUAUAUGCGAUAUAAAAAUAUUGAGUACAAUUAUUAUUAUUAAUAAUUAUCUUUAGAUAUAAACUUUUUUUUUGUAUAUUUGAAUGAAAUUUUUUUUUGUUAAUUUUAGUCUAUUGAGAUUGAAAUGUCACAAAAACUGAUGGAUUUAAAGUGAUUACAUCGAAAGUGUUACAGCGACUAUUAAAAUAAUUUAUUUAUUGUAAAUUAUUAAAAAAACAAAUAUAUUGUUAAUAAGAUUUGAUAAUCAUAAUUAAUAAUAUUAAUUAUUAUGACCGAAGUUUAAUUAAAAAUACGGAAUAAUCCCGGCCAAAUAAUUUGACUGAAUAAAUAAAUAAAUUUUUUUUUGAAUCAAAAUAUAAUUAAGACUUAGAAAAAUAGAUUCCAAUUUUGUUUAAUUGUUUGCUUUAGACUUUUUUCCUUUUUUUUAGUAAAUAUUUAUGGAUUUUUUCUUCACAUAAAUUCUGAGUGAUUUAAUUGUAAAAAGGCAUUGAUUUGAAAUGACGAAGUGAUUUUUUAAUAAAAUAUAAAUAAACAGACAAAGCCAAUUCACGAAAUAAAAUUUAGUCUUGAUAUAAAUUAGAUGAAAAAUAAAAUUAUAUGACAAAUGUAUUUUGAUUGAAAUAAAUUUAAAUAAAAAGGAGUGAAAAAUAAUAAUAAUAAAAUAUAUUAGCUUGAUGUAAAUUCUAUAUAAAUGUAAAAAAAAAUUUUUUCGUAAAUCUUUACUGAUAAAAUGUUGAGGAGGAUAUAUUAUUAAUUAAAAACAAAUAUAUUGUAAUAUAUUUUAUACUGUGAAUUGAAUACUUUAUGAAAAUAAA